AUGUCAUUGGUGUGUAAGCGAUUGUUUGAUCAGAGACAUUCAUUCUUGCACUUCAUCACUGAUCACUUGCGUCUCUAUCACAACUAUAGCAUCGAUAAAGUUACAUUGAACUCUUACAAACAGAUUAUCAACAAUGACACCAACAACAUACCAAAGACAAUCUAUAUCUAUUCACACGAGGAAUGUAAUAGGAGUAAUGCAACAGAUCAUCAAAUAUACAUUGGUAGGAUGCGCUACAGUGAUGAAUGGAAGAUUGAGGUGCAGGCAAUACCUUGGAUAAAGAGCAUUACAUUCUCAGACUGCGAGUUGUGUCCACUGCAUCAGGAGUUCUGGGAUAGCACUGUUGACUUCUUAAAGGCACUGCGUAAUAUAGAUGGGUCAUCCAUCCCAGAGAUUAAGUUCGACCAAUCAACAAGACCACUACAUCUAUACGACAUACCAUUGACCGAACUUAACAUUUGGGUUGAUUACAAUUAUGAUCAGUCACCACCUGUGAUCCUACCCGAGAUGCUCCCAUCGACAUUGACCAUACUCAACCUAUAUAGCUGCUUUGUAUUCGAACCACGCCUCGACCUGACCUACCUUCGAUCACUCAAGUACCUCUACAUGAGCAAUAGCAACAAAGAGCAACCAUUGAAGGGGCCAGAGCUUCCACCGUCCCUCACCGCACUAGAGUUCAGAUCAAGCCUCAGCGAGAUCAAUCUCAACCUCUCACCAAGCGUCACUUCACUGGUCAUAGAUGAUAUCGAUGCCGAGGCUCGCAUCAUUGUCGGCAAUCCUCAAUCAUUGAUAUCACUUAGCACUUACUCGUCGUCCAACAUAUCAAUCAAAGAUUACACCAGUCUCAGAGAGAUCACUCUAAACUACAUUGAAGACGAUGACGCACUGGCACACUUCACUUCAGACUACCUUCCAUGCUUGUAUAUGUUGUCCAUUGGAUUCAAGAAUGGUAUGCAACCAAUCAAUCUCUUGUCUCUACCCGCAUCACUUCGGAAACUAGCCAUCAAGACUCAGCGGCCAAUCGAUUCCCUGCCAAGUGGCAUUGAGUGGCUGCGAAUCACCUUCACUGCAGUGUUUCUCAAUCCGGUGCAAGUUAUGUCUAGCAUUGGAUGGCCGAAGCCAUCACUGAUCAGAACUCUAAAGUUGGAAUCAUACUAUUAUGAGUUGAAGGAUGGCGAUAUUCCUUCAUCGGUGACCUGUUUGAAGCUCUACCAGCAGAGGCAGCCAGUGAGUCAUACAUCAUUGCCUCCAAGCAUCAGGAAGUUGCUCUGGUACGAAGGUACCAAACAACACUACCUCCAAUUCAUUCAACAACUUCAAUCACUAUUGACUGUUCAACGACUUCAACUACUUGUUGGUGGCAAACUGUUCGUUCUCCGUCGUAUCAGCGCAACAUUAUUCUUCCAUUAUGAUAAUUUCCUGAUACGCUCUGGCUUCAUUGACCUGGACACACUCCAAUCACAUAUUCUAUCCAUAAAGUAA